AUGCAAUUUUCAAUGGUAAGUAAAAAAUUUCCAGGAAAUUCCAAAAAAAAAAUUUCAGAAGUCACUUUUCGAUCGAAUUCAAGAAGCUAAACAGUGUGUUGGGAAGAAUGUGCAACUUUUUGUGAUUCAUUUGUGGAUUUGCGCGCUUGUUGGAUUUUCGGUGAGCGAAAAAAAAAAUUGCGGGCGGUGUGGUUCGAACCCUGGUCUCACGCACGGUAGUCAAAAAUGAUUUUGAUGAAAAUUAUUGAAGUUGAGCUCAGAAAAUCUAAAAUUCAGCAAUCUUGAGAAUUCAAAAAAUUCCAAAUUCAAUCUAGAAAUUCGCAAUUUCGAAAAAAACUGAAAUUUUUGAAAUCUGAAGAAAAAUUCAAAUGUCCCUCCAAAAUCUGACUAGUGUUUGUUGGCGCCAAAAUCUACAGUAUCCCGGAAUUCCCACGUGGCAUAAUGAUGCUCUCCGGGUCUCGCGGUGAUCUACAGUAAUCUACAGUAAUCUAGGCGAGCGCGGAAGCGCGAGUGUAGAUCAAAAUCCCGCGUAUGCGGUUCGAGCGUAGCGAGUGUAUGUCCCUUUAAAUUCAGCUACAGUACUAUAUGUGCCUUUAAAUCCAAAAAAAAACGUUUUCUUUUUUUCUGUUGCAGCAACCCUGGACUAGAAAAAACGAAGUUUUUUCUAGUCCAGGGUUGCUCCAAAGUUUCUAAAGUCCUUUUCAAAUUCAAGAUUCCAACUAUUUUUUUUGCAGAUAACCCUAAUAUCCCUUGGCUAUUCCCACUCGGCCUGUUAUCUCAAUAUGUCCCCAGCACAUCUCUUCAACCUCCACUUCGCAUUCAACGCCUCAAUCUUCAUCGGCUCCGUCUUCCAUUCAAAUCUAUCCCGCCGCCUCCCAAUCAAACACGUCAUAUCAAUCUCGAUAUUCCUGAUUCUAACCUGUUUUGGUGCACUUCCCAAUGCCAAUCAUUUCAUGAUUUUCUGCACGAUAUUUGUGAUUUUUGGAACUUGCCUGGGAAUUUUGAUCUCCGCCAUUACAACUUCAUUUUGCAUUCUUUUCCGAAUAUCAACCUAUAUUCUAGUGCACAUUUUUCAUUUUAUAAAUGCUCUUGGCAGUGUUAUCGUCGUAUUUCUAUAUCAAGCAACACCAUCAGAACAUCAAAAUUCUUGUGCGGAGAAGCGAAAUCCAGUGAUACAUAAUGGCCCACAUAUUCCGAGUCUUGAGAAGUUUUAUAUGAAUCCGGCAUUUCGCGCGGAUUAUAUUUAUUAUAUCACAGCGAUUUUGAAUAUCCCUCUGUUUUUCCUGGUUUUGAGAUCGAAUUUUAAUUCCAGUCUUACUGCUUCGAUUUCAAUUCGACGAGUUGAUGAAGAAAAUUCGAAUUGUCAAAGUGAGCAAAAAAAACAUUUCGCAGUGUGGCCUAGAAAAAGUUCGGCCAGCUGUGGCAACCCCGCUCCAGCGCACACUUAUUUUUUUUAUAUUUUUCUUUUUUGCGCUGGCUAUAGCCAGCCUUCUGAAGCCUCCAAAACCCUUCUGAAUCCUCUAAAAACCUUCUGAAUCCUCCAAAAGCCUUCUGAAUCCUCUAAAACCCUUCUGAAGUCUCCAAAAGCCUUCUGAAUCCUCUAAAAGCCUUCUGAAGCCUCCAAAAGCCUUCUGAAGCCUCCAAAAGCCUUCUGAAGCCUCCAAAAGCCUUCUGAAUCCUCUAAAAGCCUUCUGAAGCCUCCAAAAGCCUUCUGAAUCCUCUGAAAUCCUUCUGAAUACUUUAAAAGCCUCCAAAAGCCUUCUGAAUCCUCUAAAAGCCUUCUGAAUCCUCUAAAAGCCUUCUACAGCCUCCAAAAGCCUCUAAAAGCCUUCUGAAGCCUCUAAAAACUUGAGCAAAAAAAAAAUUUUGUGCGAUGUGGCCUAGAAAAAGUUCGGCCAGCUGUGUGGCAACCACGCUCCAAUGCACACUUAUUUUAUUUUUUUAUUUUUUGCGCGGUACUCACGUAUUCUGUACCACUUGUGCAAUUGUUCGUCACCGUAUACGCACCAAAAUGUCUGCGCUCUCUUCAUUUUUCGCGCUAUUUUUUCGAAAUUCGUAGCCGUUUUCGUGGAAAAUUAAAGCAUCUCCCUUUGAACCGACGAUUUUUGCCACGUCAUAACUACAUUUCUUCUUUCUUCCAGGCCUAACAACAACCAGCGAUGUUCAUUCGCUCAAACUCGUCCUCCUCUGCUCAAUCGUCGCCUGCAUCGCCAAUAUCAUGUACACCCUCUUCCCAUUUCUUGUCCUAACACAACCCGGCUCAUCAAUUUUCUACUAUCAAAUAUUCGCAGUGUUCUUCACGUGGGGAAGAAUCACCGCAAUUUUCGUGGCCGAUUAUAUGGCUCCCUAUUUUCUGCUGGGUGUUUCGAUUUUUGGAUGUGGCGUGGGAGUUUGUGCGAUUUCUUCCGAACAAUUUCUGAUUGGAAGCAUGGUUUUUGGAUUUUUCCUAUCGCCAUUGUUACCUGCUUUGAUUACAUAUAUUAAUCAAGGUUUAUCAUUGAAAUGUGAGUUCUUCAGCUUCUGAAAACGUUUUUUAACGUUAAAAAGCCACGAACGGUAUUUUUAUUCAUUUUUUAAAGUCAUUUUCUCAACACAUUGAAUAAAGUCAAGCUAAAACGCAUUUUAGUGUUCAGAAAUGCUAUUCAACGAAAAAAAUAUGUUUUCUCAGGAAAAAAGCGAAGGAAACCUAUUCAGGGGUCGGUUGAGAAAACAUGAAAAUCAAACAGUUUCAACACGAGACCCAACGAAAAACAACAUGUUCCUUUAAGAUACUGUAGAAAUUCGCAACGGGACCAAUUAACAGUAAGUCAAAGGAACAUGUUGUUUCUCGGUGGGUCUCGUUCUCAACCGACCUGAAUAGGUUUCCUUCGUUUUUUUCCUGAGAAAACAUAAUUUUUUCGUUGAAUAGCACUGCUGGACACUAAAAUGCGUUUUAGCUUUAAAAAAUGAAUAAAAAUACCGUUCGUGAAUCAAUUUUUUGGCUUUUUAACGUUAAAAAACGUUUUUUUAUGAAUCACUGAACUCACAAAAUCAAUUCUUUUAGACACCAACACGUUCACCCUUCUCUCUGGCCAUUGCUCAGGUUAUUCAAUAUUCCCACUUCUGUUAACUCUCACAACAACAUCAAAUUCUCGCCUUUUCAUCGCUUUCAAUUUCGUUUCAAUCGUAAUUCUUGUCAUUAUUCUCGUUUCAAUUUUAAGCCUCCAUGCACAAAUUGAGAGAAUGCAAGCUUCUCAAAGUGGAUUGAAUUUGUUUGUUUCGCGAUUUUUAUCGGGAGAAUCAUUGUUGAAGAGGACAAGAUCGAUUCGACCGCUGAUUUCGAGAUUGAGACCAAAUUCUUAUAGAAGGUACGGUAGUUUUGGAAGUUUGUUUGUUUGUGUGGGGAAAAAGGUUAAUCCUUGUUACAAAAAAUAUUUUUUGAGAAAGAAAAGGAUAAUCCUCUGAAAAGAGGGAUUUCCUACCUUAUUUCGUAACCAAAAUUUUUGAAUUUUUCACUUGAAAAAGGCUAAUAUGAGCAAUGCCUGAUUUUUCACGGAAUUCCAGAAUUUUUAAGCCAAAAUUCAGGAUUAACAUGAGCAAUAGUUGAAAAAUUGACAAAUCUUGAGACUAAUAUGAGCAAUGUUCCAUUUUUCACGGAAUUCCUGAAUUUUUGAGCCAAAAAUCAGGGUUGACAUGAGCAAUACUUGAAAAUCUACAAAUUUUGAGGCUAAUAUGAGCAAUGCCUUAUUUUUCACGGAAUUCCUCAAUUUUUGAGCCAAAAAUCAAGGUUAACAUGAGCAAUACUUGAAAAUCUACAAAUUUUGAGGCUAAUAUGAGCAAUGCCUUAUUAUUCACGGAAUUCCUGAAUUUUUGAGCCAAAAAUCAGGGUUAACAUGAGCAAUAGUUGAAAAAUUAACAAAUUUUUGAGGCUAAUAUGAGCAAUGUUUCAUUUUUCACGGAAUUCCUGAAUUUUUUAGCCAAAAAUCAAGGUUAACAUGAGCAAUACUUGAAAAUCUACAAAUUUUGAGGCUAAUAUGAGCAAUGCCUUAUUUUUCACGGAAUUCCAGAAUUUUUAAGAUAAAAAUCAGGGUUGACAUGAGCAAUAGUUGAAAAAUUGACAAAUUUUGAGGCUAACAUGAGCAAUGCCUUAUUUUUCACGGAAUUCCAGAAUUUUUAAGAUAAAAAUCAGGGUUGACAUGAGCAAUAGUUGAAAAAUUGACAAAUUUUGAGGCUAACAUGAGCAAUGCCUUAUUUUUCAUGAAAUCCCUGAAUUUUUGAGCCAAAAUUCAGGGUUAAGAUGAGCAAUAGUUGAAAAAUUAACAAAUUUUGAGGGUAACAUGAGCAAUGCCUUAUUUCUUAACCAAAAUUUUGAAUUUUUGAGCCAAAAAUCAGGGUUAACAUGAGCAAUAAUUGGAAAAUUGACAAAUUUUGAGCUAACCUGAGCAAUGCCUUAUUUCUCAAUCAAAAUUUUGAAAUUUUGAGCCAAAUAUCAGGGUUAACAUGAGCAAUAUAAUUGAAAAUUAACAAAUUUUGAGGCUAAUAUGAGCAAUGCCUUAUUUCUUGACCAAAAUCUUGGAUUUUUGAGCCAAAAUUCAGGGUUAAGAUGAGCAAUAGUUGAAAAAUUAACAAAUUUUGAGGGUAACAUAAGCAAUUCCUCAUUUUUCACGGAAUUCCAGAAUUUUCGGGCUAAAAAUCAGUGCUAAAUCUGGAAAUUUUCAGAGCGAAAAGUGAAAUGAGAAAAAUCAAUAAAAUUUCAUUAAACUUGAAUUUCCGAAUAUUUUAUGGGAUAAUUCAAGUCGAAAAAAAUAUUUUUUGACAAAAAAAUUCGAUUCAGCAAAUGUCAAAGAACUUUUUUUCACAUUUUCUGAAUCAAAAAUUUAAAAAAAAAAAUGUUUUUUUACACGCCUGCUCCUGGAAGAACAAACUUCGGCCACGGCCAAUGACGUCAUCAUUUUUCGAAAAUGAAACUUGCGACGCGGCCCGAAAAUGUUCCAGGCCAUAUCUCGAAAAACUAAAAACGUAGCGAUAAUCUACGCAUCCGAAUCUCUUUGAAUAAGUAUUUUUCGAAGGUCCUGCAGCGAUUUUAAGAAAUCGUGUCGAGACCCGUUUUUUCAAAAAUAACAUGUUUCUUUGUGCGUUUGCGGAAAUUCAAAAAUAGUUUUUUUUCAAGCAUUUUUUUUUCGUAAUUAGCUCAUUUUCAAAAGGGAAUUCUGAAAAGAUAAGCAUAUUAAAUAACUUUAGAUAUGAAAAAACAUGAUAUGGCAUUGAGGGCCUGAGAAGAUGGUUAAAUUCAUGAUGUUUUCUGUGACCUGAAUGAUAUUUUUCAAAAGAACUGACUUUUGUGUUCACUUCUGGACUUGAAUUUUCAGCUUUUUCAUCAUAGUAUUCCAGGGUUUAAAGUUUAAUUUGUUGAAAUAGCGAUAAACCUUCGAUCAUAAACUUUUAGCUAAAUUUUUCACUAAUUUUAUAUGUCAAUAGGAACUAAAAAUCUGUUUUCAAAUGAAAAAAUGCAUUGUAUUUCCUACUUGAGUUAACUUGAAAAAGGAUUUCAAUUGACAAAUUUUUUGAAUAACCCUGAAAGUUUAGAAAUGUUUUUUGAUAAUUUUUUCUCUAUAGAUUUCGGUGAAAAAUAUAAGGUUUCGAUUGAAACCUGGAAUUUCUGAAAAAUUUCGUUUUUUUUCAAUAACUUCAGAUAAAGUUGAGUACUAAUUCUGAAUAAGACUAAUUGACCGCAGGUAGAAUCUCAAGCAUUUCUUGUACUGGUCCUACGCGAGGCUCUAUUUCUCAUUCUCACAACAAACUUGCCAAUUGGAAUCAGAAUGGGUUUUCAAUGCUACAUCAUACGAUGUUUUCUCAUUUUUAAUUGUAAAACAUCACAAAAAAUUAAUUUAUAAAAAAUCAUGACAAGAACACUUAAAAUCCAUCGUUUGACAAAUGGAAGAUGGUGUAGGAAGCAUGUUUGCUGCAUGAUGUGAAGUUAUAUAUCUGGAAAAUGUAAAAUUAGUAUUUCUCUAGGUUAUUUCAUUGUAAUGGGGCUAUUCAGAUUAGUUUCUCAACCAAAAAACAGGAGGAGAUACUCAAAUUCUCAACCUACCUAAAUUUUGAUUUUUCAGCAUAAAAAAUGAAAUUAAAAGAAUAACUAUUAGGUUUUAUUGAUAAAUUAGUGAUUUUGAGGUGAUUUGUGCUUUGAAUCGCUUCAAUUCCCUGUUUUUUUUUUUGGUUGUCGAUGAAGCAUGUCGGUUUUCAGUUGUCAAAACGACCAAAACUUGGUUUAAAAUCAGUAAAAAAUUGAAAUUCAAAUAAAUUGCACAAUUUCCUUGAGAAACUAAUCUGAAUAGCCCCAUACGUGAUAAUUUUAAUGUCCAGAGCAUAGUACUAGCUAGUUCGAGAUUUUCUGUGAAAACUAAAAAUAUUUUUAUUACAUGACAUUCUUACAUGGUAUUAGAGUAAUUUUUCGAUAGUGUGAUUUUCUCUUCAAACUUCUUUAGUCUGGCGAUUAAACUCCAGUAUACAAAUCUUUUUUCUUGGAUUUUUUUGCAACAGUCUUUUUUCACUAACUGACAAUAUAUGUUCGUAAAAUUCUAAUAAAUACUUACCGAAAAAACAAGAAUAAAUCGAUAUCCUGACAAUCAGAAAAUAUUCAUACAUCAACACGUUUUUUCGCCAAAUCUUCUGCCGUUUUAUGGAAAAUUUCUCAAGUUUUGAUCACUUGAACUUCGUUGAACGACAAAUACAUCCAUUGAAAGUUUCUUUAGAUUCAUAUUGUUGGUCUCGUUGUGUCUUUCCGAGCCAAGCCGCAAAUGAGUUAUCUACAAAAUAACGAAGUUAAACAAUCCGCAGAGAAUAUAAGAUAGGUUAAAAUUGAAAAGUUGCCGGUUUUUAACAAUAUUUAUAAAAAAAGAAAAAAUCAUCGCAAAAAAAUUAAAAAUAAUACUUUUAUCCAAGAUACAUAAAUUUAUAUUUUUUUGUUAUAAAUCCAACAAAAAUAUAAUGAAUUUUUAUGUCCGAAUAUGUUUUUGUAAAAACCAUAUAUUUUUAAAAGAACACAUUCUGAUUUUCGAAAAAUAACGAUUUGCGCCGAGCACAAAUCGUUAUAUUUUAAUUUUGGCUGUGCGUGGUGAAAAUUUAUUUUCUAACGUGACCUUUUAUUUUCUAAAUCUGACGAUUUGAUCCGAGCUCAAAUCGUUAGAUUUUGAAAAUCCAACCGAAAUCAUUCUUCAUAUGUUUUUGCAUUUCUUAACACAUGAUAAGUUUUCAAAAACCGUUGUUGUCAUUUUCCAGGACCACACCAAGAAAUUUUUGAGAUAUAUUGCCUCAAAAAAUACGUCGAGAUGAAACAAUUUCAAAAAGAGAAAUGACUAAAUCCAACGAAAAAUAAUACGUGUCACACGUUUUCUGGUUGGGUUUCGCCAUUUCUCUUUUUUGAACUGAUCCAUCUUAUCCGUUUCGAGACGAGAUGCGUUAAAAUGACUUAUGGAGUUGUUUUGGGCAAUACAGACAAUUAUAAAAGUUUGUAGAACAUGCUAUGGUGCCCAUGAAUUGUAAAACAAAUAUAAACAAUGACUUUUUUUCGGAUUUUCAAAAUCUAACGAUUUGAGCCAGGAUCAAAUCGUUAGAUUUUAAAAAUAGAAGGUCACGUUUUUAGUCACAAAUAAUAUUUUUUUUUGUUUUCAAAAUAUAACGAUUUGGGUUGGGAUCAAAUCGUUAGAUUCUGAAAAUAAAUACAACGUUUCUAAUUCAAAUAAAAUAAACUGAAAUAUUUGCCUAUUUUUAAUCAAAAGUACAGUAACAUUUAUCGAUUGAAUAUUUUCAUUGAUUUUCAAAUUUAAAGCUAAUGAUUUGGACAGAUAUUUGAUUUUUCCGUCAAAACCGGCAACUUUUCAAUUUUAACCUAUCUUAUAUACAAUAAUAAGGAAACAAUAUUUUAUUUUCUGUUUUUCAUAUAUUAAAUAAGAACGAACUUCUUAUACAAUUUCCAUAGAGAAUAGUCAAACAAUUUUUCAAAAAAAAAGAUACGUUUUAACAUUAAUUUCAACGAAAUCUGAGUAAAUUCUGUCAAAUGCAUGCCUGACUAUUAAUCACCGAGCACUAAAUAAUCAAUAUAUGAUUGAACAACCGAUUCCUCUGCAGAAUGUCAUUAACUUUCUUAGCAGAGAAAAAGUUUUUAAAAACGGGAAAAAAAUGAAAAAAAAAUAAAAAUGAAAAAAAAUGUGUGCAAUUUCAUGUCAGUGUGUUUGCACACAUUGCACAGGCAGAUGCAGAUCGGCCGGAUACUUGCCAAAAAUUGAAAACCGGUCCGAAACUUGUACGUUUCCGACCAGUGUUGAAAAACGGCCAGUAACAACUCAAAAACCGACCAGUUUCUGACCGGUUUAUCAAAAUUGACCAGUAACCGGCCGUGUUUUUUCACUGGUUUUCGGCCGUUUUUGUUGAAUUUGAGCAGAAACCGGCCGAUUUUCGAGUGGUUUUUGGCCGUUUUCAACACUGGUCGGAAACGUACAAGUUUCGGACCGGUUUUCAAUUUUUGGCAAGUAUCCGGCCGUUCUGCAUCUGCCUGUGUUGCAUACAGUACCCCAAAAUUUUCAUUGCCGCAAAAAAACAGACGUGUUUUCAUUUUUUUUCAAAUUAAUGUGUGCAAACACUUUUGAGUACAGUAGGAAUUGAGCUUCAAUAUUUUUUAUUCUGACUAGAUUUAGGCGAACUCAAGUCAGCGAGGCUUCGUGGGUGGUCCCUAGAUCUGGCAAAACCCCAAUUUUUUCCAGAUUCGCAAACCGACGUGGAAUGACACCCCGUUCACCAUCACCAAAUCCAUCUCCAAUCCAAGCUGAUGAAAUGACACAUCUCAUGUCGAUUUCUCCAGCUCCACCUUCAACACUUCUGAUCCCAACACGUGUCUAA